AUGGAAACCGGUUUACCUCCCAGCUGGUGCAUCAGGGUCAGCAAGACGCAUAAUAAAGAGUACUUUCUUAACCAGGCUACACAAGAGUCGUCGUGGGAACCUCCAUAUGGUACUGACACGGCUAAGCUCGAGGCGUAUUUGGACAAGUUUCGUGCCAAUGGAAUGAAGCCUGUUGUAGCUGAAGAUGGCAAGAUCAGAGCAUCGCAUCUCUUAAUCAAAAAUGUCACGUCGCGCCGCCCGAAAUCGUGGAAACUGCCAGACCCUGUGACUACUUCGCGCGAUGAGUCCAUCGCCUUGUUGAAAGGGUACCAAAAGCGUAUCUUGAACGGCGAAGUCAAGCUUGCUGAUUUGGCCAAGACAGAAAGUGACUGUUCAUCCCAUGCCAGUGGUGGAGAUUUGGGAUUUUUCGGCCGCGGCCAGAUGCAACCCGCCUUUGAAGAGGCAGCUUUUGCUUUGAAUGUGGGUGAAUUCAGUGAUAUUGUGGAAACUGACAGUGGUGUGCACUUGAUCCAACGCACUGGAUGA